GCAAAAUUGAAACAGCUGUUGAACGAAAUUGUUUGGAAUAAUUUCAAUAAACAAAACAAAUUGUUCAACUAUUGCAAAUUGGAGCUUAACGAUUUUGGUGGCCUUACUAAGACAUGCCCGCCUAUUGCGCGGUGGUCAAUUGCAACGAUAAAUAUGCGCACGCCAGCAGUAUUUCAUUCCACAAAUUUCCCUUCAAGCGAAAGGAUUUGUUUCAGAAGUGGAAGGAGUUUACGCUGCGCAGUGCACAAUGGAUGCCAUCCAGGUGGAGUGCCGUCUGCAGUCGCCACUUCGUGGAUACGGAUUUCAGUUGCAGCCAUAACAGGAAAACACUUAAAAAGAAUGCAGUGCCUUCAGUGCGUUUGCCAGAAUCGGAAUCAUUGAAUGUGGUUGUGGAGCAGGUGACCAACAGCCGUUGGCAAGAGUCAGCCAGCAAGCAGACGUUGUCCAGUGCCGCCGAGGCUCCAGCCAGUGGCACGAAGGGCACCUGUCGCUUCUGCGGUUCAUCUGCAAUGGAUUGUGUAUCGUUUGACAAUAGUUUCGAGCUCUUUGGCAUGAUUCAGAAGUGCUUUCCCACUCUACAAAUCCUGCAGGAUGAUACGCUGCCCAAGGAUAUUUGCUCGGAGUGCUACAAGCAUCUGGAACGCUUCUCCCAAUUCAUCGAUGUGGUGCUGCAGACACAAAGCGAACUACAGCGAAAGUACCGCCGUCAGCUGAAGAUUAAGCAGGAGCCACUGGUGCGAGUGAAGCAGGAGGCCUGCGAGAGCCUGGACAAUCUCUUUCCCGAUGAACUGGACAUGGCCUUGGACGAUGGCUGCGACCAUGAGCCCGGCACCAAUGACGAGACUGAGCAGAAGUUCCAAUUCUGCGAUUUUCCCAUGCUGAAUGCCCAGGACAUAAUAAACAACUGUGAUAUCAUGGAGAUAAUUAAUCUAGAUGAUCCGUUUAUCAACAUACCAGAUGAUGCGGAUGUGGGCCAGUCCCAGGCGAAGCAGUCGCGGAAUUCGGGGCCUCUGCCCUCGGCCAAUGAGAUGCUCCAAUCGGAACUGCUCAACGAAGAGCACAAUUAUGCCAAGGAGGAUUGGGUGCUGCCGCCGCAUCAGUACAAAACGGAGAAAGUGGAAGGUGUCGAGGCGGCGGAACAGCCUCCACCGCUGCUGCUGCCACCACCGCCCACACACACAUCUGCACCAGAGCCACGUUCCUGCAAGCCCAUUGUGACCAAUGUCAGUCAGAUACCGAAUCAAAUGCUGUGCGAGCUGCUGCCGCAGCCCCCAGCUGCACCGCCCAAGCCCAACAUUGUGGUGCUCAACGACAGCGUGGUGCAGUCCUCGGCCGCCUUUCGGCUGCACAACUGCAGCCUCUGUACGGCCAAGUUCAUUACGGUGGAUGGUCUGAGCCAGCAUUACACGCACGCCCACAGCACACCCACACCGAUGGUGAGUGUGCCACCCUUGAACAUCAGCAUGCCCAGCAUGCCAACGAAUCAGCUCAAACUGGAGGCCAGCGGCUGCUCUGUGGGCCUGACAGCCACACCACAGAAUGAGUACUGGCAACCCAACUGGCAAAACGCAGCCGCAGCAGCCAGUUCACUACCCACUCAGCUGCCGGCCAAGAAAAAGAUCGAUAUCCUAGACAUGCAGCGCAGUUUUCUACAUCACACGGAUCUCAUACCCACCGCUGCACAGCUGACGGCAGCGGCGGCAGCAGCGGCGCCAGUGGCAGUGCAUCAUGCUGCAGACCCUCAACUGGCGGUGGUCACGGCCAAUCUGGCCAAGCUGGCCUUCCAGUAUCGACGUCUGCAGCGAAAGUGCAGGAUACUGAAGCACUCGACGCAACGCAACCCGAACAGGCAUCGUUGUAGCCAAUGCGGCAGAGGAUUUGACAGCCUGCAACGACUGCUGCGGCAUCGACAACUGAAGCGUCACUUUGCCAAGCUGAAUCGUCCCUUUGCCGCCAGAUGCUGCGGCUGCUUGAAGUUAUUCAGCUCACGUCUGGGUCUGCGACAGCAUAUGCGCUACAUUUGUCAGUCCUUGUCGCUGCGGAGCACGCGGCGUCUGCAGAGUUUCAAGUGCCGUCACUGCCAGGCCAUUACCUUCACCCAUUGGCGACUCUAUCGUCGGCACGAGCUCAAGUGCCGACCACGCCACUCCCCGUCCAAGGCAAAGGUUCACACAGAGCCACGUAGAGUUGCUGUCGUCCAGUCGCAAACUCAAACAGCAACUGUGACCAGCACCACCUACGGCUGCAGUGUGUGCAAGAAGGCAUUCGGAUCGCUCAGUGGCCUAAGACAGCAUGACAUCACCCACACGACGGAGCGACAGCACAAGUGUGGCAUCUGUGAGCGUGUCUUUAAGCGACGGAAUGGCCUCUCGCAGCACAUCAAGGGCUACCACCUACAGCUCAAGCCACACGAGUGUCCAGUGUGUAGGCAUUGCUAUGCCCUCAAGUGCGAUAUGCUGCGUUGCAGACACUCCCAGCAUCGUGGUGGGGCAGGAGAGUGAGCCAAAAAAA